UCCCCGCCGCCCUCCGCCCUGGCAACGCCGCGCUCCGUCAGGGGCCGUCAGGGGCCGCGGGCGCUCAGCGGCGGCCGGGCCCGGGCUGAGCCUCCCCGCGGCCGGCACGGCGCUCGGGGCAGCGUCCGCUCCCUGCCCAGCGGCUCCCGACCCCACAGUGAUUUCAGCAGCCGAUCAAUAAUAAAAAAGCUAAAAAACCCUAAAAAAGUCCCAAAAUGAUGUCAAGACAAGCUUUCCUGUGCAGCCUGGGCUCCCUUUACCUGUCCCUCCUGUUCAUCUUCCUGCUGAUGGACGUUUAUGCCAGGCCUGCCAACCACUCGGUGCUGAAGGAGAGGGCAGGGGAGGCCAGGGAGGAGAACGAGAUCCUGCCCCCCGACCACCUGAACGGCGUCAAGAUGGAGCUGGACGGGCACCUGAACAAGGAGUUCCACCAGGAGGUGUUCCUGGGCAAGGAGCGCGAGGAGUUCGAGGAGGACUCCCAGCCCCGCAGGAACAGGAGGAAGCUGGUGGGCAUCUUCUCCAAGGUGGAUAUAAAUAAUGAUAAAAAAAUCAGUGCCAAGGAGAUGCAACGUUGGAUCAUGGAGAAAACAGAUGAACAUUUCCAGGAGGCCGUGGAGGAGAACAAAAUGCACUUCAGAGCUGUGGAUCCUGAUGGGGAUGGUCACGUUUCUUGGGACGAAUAUAAAAUUAAAUUCUUGGCAAGCAAAGGCUUCAAUGAAAAGGAAAUUGCAGAGAAAAUCAAAAACAACGAGGAGCUGAAAAUAGAUGAAGAAACGCAGGAAGUGCUGGACAACCUGAAGGAUCGCUGGUACCAGGCGGACAAUCCCCCCCCGGACCUGCUGCUGAGCGAGCAGGAGUUCCUGUCCUUCCUGCACCCCGAGCACAGCCGCGGCAUGCUGCACUUCAUGGUGCAGGAGAUCGUCCGCGACCUCGAUCAGGACGGGGAUAAGAAGCUGACCCUGUCAGAGUUCAUCUCCCUGCCCGUGGGCACGGUGGAGAACCAGCAGGCCCAGGACAUCGACGACGACUGGGUGAGGGACAGGAGGAAGGAGUUCCAGGAGGUCAUCGACGCCAACCACGACGGCAUCGUCACCAUGGAGGAGCUGGAGGAGUACAUGGACCCCAUGAACGAGCACAACGCGCUGAACGAGGCGCGGCAGAUGAUCGCCGUGGCCGACGAGAACCAGAACCACCACCUGGAGCUGGAGGAGAUCCUCAAGUACAGCGAGUACUUCACCGGCAGCAAGCUCAUGGAUUACGCCCGCAACGUCCACGAGGAAUUCUGAGCUCCCUCCUCCCCCUUUCCAGAACUUUCUGUUCCGCUCCCAACCCCCCCCAAAAAGAAAUAUCCCAGGGAUAAAGGAUUCAGCCGAGCAGCGGGAGUUGGUGGUCGCGGAUUCCCGAUUUUCCGUCCGUCCCGGCGCCUUGGAGAGGCUUUUCCUGCUGGAAGAAAUGGUGGGAAUUCCUGGAUUCAGGUAGUUUUCCUCUUUGCUUUGGGGGGGUUGAAGCCAGCUGGAAUUCUGGAAUGUUCCCUGGUUUCCAUCAGCUGCUGAUGCACGGGAUCCCAGAUAAAUGUUGGAUUCUGGGAAGGGAGCGGUGAUUCCAAGAAAUGUUUGUCCUCCAUACCCAAUUCCAUUGGGGAAAUUUAAAUUUAUUCCCUGGUUUCCAUCAGCUGCUGAUGGAGGGGAUCCCAGAUAAAUGUUGGAUUUUGGGAAGGGAGUGGUGAUUCCAAGAAAUGUUUGUCCUCCAUACCCAAUUCCAUUGGGGAGACUCCUUAAAUCUCAGCUGCUGAUCCAAUAAAAUUUGGAUUUUGGGAAUUCUCAUGGUUCCAAGGAAUGUUUGAUCUCCUGGGAAUUGCCCUCACAACUGCUGAUCCAGAGAAUCCCAAAUAAAAUUUGGAUUUUGGGAAUUUUGGUGGUUCCAGGGAAUGUUUGUCCUCCACACCCAAUUCCAUUUGGGAAAUUCCUUACAUUUAUUCCCUUCUUGCCCUCACACCUGCUGAUGCAGGGAAUCCCAAAUAAAAGUCGAAUUUUUGGAAUUUUGGUGGUUCCAGGGAAUGUUUGAUCUCCUGGGAAUUGCCCUCUCAGCUGCUGAUCCAGGGAAUCCCAAAUAAAUGUUGGAUUUUGGGAAGGGAAUGGAAAUUCCAAGGAAUGUUUGUCCUCCACACCCAAUUCCGUUUGGGAGGCUCCUUAAAUAUUUGUUUCCCUCAGCUGCUGAUGCAGGGAAUCCCAAAUAAAACUUGGAUUUUGGGAAUUUUGGUGGUUCCAAGGAAUGUUUGACCUCCUGGGAAUAUCCACACUCAAUUCCAGUGUUUUUCUCAUCUUCCUGAAGAGUUGUUGGGAAUUCAGUGGAAUAUUUUUCAGGGAGCUGUGGGGAAGAAUUUAUUUGAAAUGUUACAGAAAAACUCUUUGGAAUUAAAUUUUAAAAUAAAAUAACAUUAAUUAAGAUUAAAUUAAUAUAAAAUGACAUUGUUUGGUUGACAUCUGCACUGGGAAUGGGAGAUUAUGGCUUUAAAAUAUCAGAUUUUGGUCAAAAAUCAAACAAUUGGGAAGUUUUUUUGGGAAUUUAAGCUGUUGGACGGAGCAGUGGGAAUUCCCAUGGAGUUUGAUGGCUGCUUAAUUAAGAUUCACUGCUAAAAUUAAUGAGCUCUGUGCUAAUUAAUGCUGUUAAUGAGCUGCUGAUGAUGAUUUGGGGGAAAUUCCAGGCUUUGGGCGAGCUCUUUCCCAAAUAAAAUUGAUUUUUUUCCCUCUGCUUCCAUCUUUCCUGGGAAAAACCCCUCUUUGGGAAAGAAUUCCUGAAAAUCUGAGAUGUUUUAUUUGAUUAAAUUUAUUCUUAAUAUAAUGUAAAUACAGGAAUUGCUGUCCCUCUUUCCCUUUUCCUGCUCUUUAUUUGAUGUUUUUAUUAAAUUCCUUGGAUAAAAGA